UAUUUCCAGCUGAGUGGUAAAGAUGGAAAGAGGGAGAGGAGGAGGCAGCGGAGGAGGAAGGAACCUGGGGGGCUCCGGCUUGCAAAGGAGCGUUUACUCCCAGUCCCAGCAGCAGUACCAUUACCCAUCCCCCUCGCAGGGGGGCUGCAUGGAGAUCCAGGAGCUGGCCUCCAAGAGGGUGGACAUCCAGAAGAAGCGGUUUUACCUGGACGUGAAGCAGAGCUCCCGAGGCCGCUUCCUGAAGAUCGCGGAGGUGUGGAUAGGGCGAGGCAGGCAGGACAACAUCAGGAAAAGCAAGCUGACGCUCUCGCUGUCGGUCGCCGCCGAGCUGAAGGACUGCCUGGGGGACUUCAUCGAGCAUUACGCCCACCUGGGCCUGAAGGGCGGCCACAGGCACGAGCACAGCAAUGGCAAGGAGCAGCAUUCGAGGCGGCGCCAGCAGCACCCGCCGCCCUCGCCCCCAGGGUCUGUGGGCUCCGAAGAGCACCCUCACAGCGUCCUCAAAACGGAGUACAUAGAGAGGGACAACAGGAAGUAUUACCUCGACCUGAAGGAGAACCAGCGGGGGCGCUUCUUGCGGAUUAGGCAAACCAUGAGCAGGGGACCGGGCAUGAUCGGUUAUUUCGGCCACGGCUUGGGACAGGAGCAGACUAUUGUCCUUCCAGCGCAAGGGAUGAUUGAGUUCAGGGAUGCUUUGGUCCAGCUGAUUGAAGAGUACGGCGAGGGGGACAUCGAUGAUCGCAGGGGCGGGGGCGACGACCCCCCCGAGCUCCCCGAGGGCACCUCGUUCCGGGUGGACAACAAGCGGUUCUACUUUGAUGUGGGAUCCAACAGGUACGGCAUCUUUCUGAAGGUAAGUGAGGUGAGGCCACCCUACCGUAACACCAUCACGGUUCCAUACAAAGCGUGGACAAGGUUUGGGGAAAAUUUUAUCAAGUACGAAGAGGAGAUGAGGAGAAUUUACAACAGCCAUAAAGAAAAGAGGAUGGAUGUCAGAGGGGACAGUGGUGAAGAGCAAGAGGGUCUCGAAUAGAGUGCAUUGGACCGGCCGUCUGGCAAAAUAAACAAAACAAAAAGCAGAAAUUGGUGAGAGGGACUGAUCUGUAGUCAUUUGAAGUUGCCCCGUUGUUUUGUAAACUCCUUUCUGGUAGCUCGUACUAACUCCAGUACAUGAUAUUGCGGGAGUCUGGUUAUCGUGCUAAAUUACGCCCAAAACAUCUCUGUAUUUCUCAUGAAAGUAACAACCUCCCGAGUCUGUAUGAGUCAGCUUCUUCGAGUGUGGAAGACUAUGGAAGUAUGCGUAUCAGCACAAAAAAAAAAAAAGUCAUUCUGACCUUUAAAUAGUCUAGAUAAGGCUUGUAUUGCACUUCAGCAUGGUACAAAAAACAACUCAUGCUGAAAUGUAUCAGUUUCUGCUUAUGACAGGUUUUCCGGAACUGAAUUCUGUCCGUACUCAGUCAAAAGGCUGAGAAGCUUAGCUAUAGGGCACCUCGUACAAAAACCAAACCCAUAUUGAUUGCUCAUACAUGUAUGAGGAGAGGUAGAUGUUUGAAAAUUGGGACCUGCUGGUUGCUGAGUUUGAAAGGAUAUGGGUGAAAUCUCGAUAACCGGUCAGACCCUUAUGAUGUGCUGGUGGAGAGCUGAAGAUUUGUCAAUAACCUCGUAGUCCUGUGCUAACCGAAUGGCCCGAGUAUCCCAGGACAGCGAAGCUGUGCUCGAGUGCUAAGCCUUCCGAAUUAAUGGCAACGAGUAAUAACCCACUCUUCAUCUACGUGCUCUGCCCACGCGAGGCUGAUGAUUUUUUUUUUUUUUUAACGCGUUUCUCAAAAUUUCAAGAGCUAUUUUUGUAUGCGGGGUGUUGUGGGUUCCAGCAGGCGGCUGCAGAGCGGGUUUUCUGAGGCUGGAUGGCUGCUGUGAUCGAGGUUCCAGGGUUCCCUCCCAAAAGUGAGAUUAACGUGGUCAGUGUUUCACGCACGAGGACGACAGCUGGGCGUUUCUCUCCUCCUGCUGAGAGAAAGACCUUUGGGGGGUUUGGUGCACCGCUUGAUUCCUAUAAAAAUGCAUCUCUGUCAUAUUGAUCUGUAGCGCGUUUUCAAAGCCGUGGUUAAGGCUGUGUCAGGUUUUCUGUCAGGUCGGUUUUGCAGAUGUUAUUACCGUAAGAUAAUAUCCAUGCCCUACCGUCACCCCCUUUCCACCCCGUGUCACAGCUGGGGCUGUAACGGAGCAGUUCGGUGUCUUGCUGCUCACCUGGUGGCACAAAGUCCUACUGGUGGCCCUGCGGCCUGAACCUUGCAGUCCCUGCACGUGUACUCUGCCUGGAGGGAAAGUGCGUGGAGUUACCCGGUUUAGCAGGCUUGAAGAAAGACUUUGAAAAUUCUUGGUCAUUUCUUCGAAAUACGUGUAACUUUGGGGUCUUUUUCAGCCGUUGGGUGACCGGUUCCUUCCCUCCUGAAGGCAGUGGGCGUUCGGUUGAGCUCCAGGUCCUUUAAAUAAUGCAUUGCCCACCUUUAAGAUUUUUUUGAAGAACGCGUUGCUCUGUCUAGUCAGAUAUUUGUAAUCGUUUGAAUUGUUUUUUUUUGCAGAGUGGCCUAGUGUGGACCAGCUAUUUUCCGACCCAACCAUUCCUUUUUUUUUUUUUUUUUUUUUUAAAUCUGUUCAGAAAGAACAGAUUUAAAAAAAAUCUGCAACCAGACCAUUUUCACUCUUAGUCUGGACCCACCUGCACACUGCAUGGCCGCGCUAAAUCCAAAAGCUAUUGCCUGUUACGACAUUAACCAUAGCAAGAAAAGCUGGGGAGGCGGGGGUGGGAACUAAGAGGAUAAUCUGGACUUUAGUUUGGGGACUAACGAUAGUCGAUCUGUUUUAACUUUAAAAAAAAAAAAAAGGAAAAAAAAAAAAGAAAAAAAAAAAAGCUUGCACCAAAGUCACCAAAGAACCUUUAGGAAAUGUUACAGUUGUGACAGGAAGUAAGAAAGUUAAUUUCACUGUUUUAGGUGAUUCCCCCUGUACGUAAACUACAUACUGCAGUUACAGCAAGCAAACGUUUGGCUUAGUGUCACAGUGACCAUCCGUUUCUGCACAGAUUGCUCUUUCAGGUACUUUUUCAAGUCUGUAAGGGAUUUUCUCAUUCCACCACUGGAACUGCUAGUGGACCACGAUGAACCAGCUGGAGGCGAUGUGGGGUGCUGGUUCAUCUUUGCUUUUAGGGUUUUGCUCACAAUGUUUUUAACAGGUCCAUUAAAACAAACAAACAAAAAAAAACCAUUACAAUAACUUCAUGUCCUAGUGUUGGUGUGAAACCAGGAUUUAGCAAAAGAGUCACGGAUGCGCAAGCGAGCGCACCUCUGGCUGCUGCUGCCCGUCACAGUGCCUGGAGUAAGGAGGAACUUGCCACAGAUUGCAGCCACCUGGAGCUAUGAAUGUACAACCCUUUUACGCUCGCCUUCCCAUGCCCGUGUGGCGUUCCUCCCCUGCGUGCUUGACAUCUUCCAGUCCGUGCCCCCGUUUGCCUCCACGCAUCGUGAAAGCUCCUGUGUUGGAAUCUGCCUCGGUGUGCUGUAAAUGGUCAUGCAUUCCUUCUGUUCCUUUACUGUUACCGAGAAGAGUCACAACGGGCAAAGCGAUUGAAAAGGCCUAUUUUCUUCACUGUUAAAACAAACAAAACAAAAAAAGGCAAGAUGCAAAAUGGCUUUCCUUACUGCUUGCUGCCCACUUGGCACUUUGACGAAAGGGUAACUAAGUGCAGCUGGCUGUAUCUUAGUUAGGCUGGUAUCAGCGUGCGUUUAAACCAUUCCUUUUUUUAAUUCUUUUUCCUGUGUUAAUUAAUUGGCCUUCUGAUUGCAUUAGUGUAUUGUGAAUAGCACCCAGGAACUCGGUGCCUGCUGGCUGUGGGGCAGGGCUGGGUCCCAUGGGAUUCACUAAUGCACGUACUCCCCGCGCGGGAUGCACCUUAGUAUCUGAAACUGGAUCGGGAUCUCCAAGUUCAUAGCCGACUACCAAUGGGUAAACCACUAACGAUGGGUUUCCACGGAAAUGUAUAGCACUGAUGCUUGCAGAUAUUGUCAUUGGAGCAUAUUACAGACUAACUCAAAAUGUAGCAAUGCAAGAUUGUACCGGUUAGAUUUGGAAACGGGUUCCUCAUUAUUUUUGGCAGUGCGCUUUCGACCUCUGAGAGCAGCAGUAAUGUAGGCUGCUUGUGCGCCGAAGGGCCCACUGCAGUGCUGGGAAUGCUGAAUUCCUCGUGCAUUUGAAGUGUUCAUGCUCUGUGCCCUAAAACUGCCAUGUCCCUUAAACUUGAGAAAACACAAGCUUAUUUGCACUAGAAAGAACGGCCAAAAACAAUUCUAGGAGGACAGGGUGAAGAGCACCAGUCUGAACCUCUUUUCUCACAAGAGAAUUUCCUAUGAAAGCCCUCACCUCUGUUUCAAAAUUGUGUGGUCCAGGCAGAAAGUCUGUCAGUUCAAUAACAAAAUCCUAAUGCACUUUAUAUUGUGUAAAUACUAGGGGCACGUCUCUGCCACUGGCCUGGCAGGGGGUGCUUCAGCAGCGUAGUCUAAUUCUGGAAGAGGUCGUAUCCCACAUGCCCGUGUCCGGUACGGACCUGUUGUACUUGCUUGACCCAGCUCCGCUCCCGUGUUAGAGGGACAGGCACGGCGGUGUGGACCCUCCCAGCCCCUUGAGGUGGGAUGUUGAGGUGCAGUUUGCAGAGUUCCAGAGCAUCCUCAGCUGGUGGCGGCUCCGCCGCUUGCUGCGGCUCCCCAGCGGCUCUGAGCCUGGCCCUGAACGUUGAUGCCAAGGCUUAAAAAGGAGCUUUUCAUGGAGAUAGUUUUACAAAGCCGAGUUGUCAUGCUUGGCUUUCCCCUCCAUCAGAGCAGACACUCGUGCUGUCCCUCACGGGUUUGUUUCGGGUGGAAGGGGCUGCGGGGGCUUCCCCUGCACUGCUGGCCUCAGCCCGCAGCCUUUCUCGGUGAAGGACUAGCAGGCGAGUGUGCUGGCCAGAGGUUGCAAGGCUUUCUGUGGCCAGGUUCCCUGUGUGGCACGACAGAGGAGGUGACAAAAAUCCAGGCAGCCGGCCCAGCCUCCCUGCGUCACCUCUUGUGAACUUCACCCAGAGAGAGGCAGUGGUGGCAGCAAUCUGCUCUUCGUUGUGUUCCUUGUAUGUAUUCAAUAUGUAAAAGUUCAUAUUCACGUGUAGGCAUUAAUAUAUUUAUGUGAGUGUAUCCUAGCCUGUAGUAGCUCGUAGCGAAAUAAUCUAUUUAUCUGAAGUACACAGACUAAAAAGGUGGGGCUCAAGAGGCAGUGUCUCCUACUAGCGGUUUGGAUAAACGCGUUAUUUCACUGAGAGCUCUUUGCUGCUUAUCACGGCCCUUUUAAGAUUUCUGCUCUUAAGCACUCAUCUCAUCUCUUAGGUUUCCAGCAAGGCUGCAAGGAGAAACGUAGGCUAAAGGAGGCAAAACUCUUCCUGUGAGGCGUUGUGCUGGCAGAGCAAGAGCUGUAGGUAACAGCCAGCUGCUGCGCUGUGGGCCACGUCGGGCCAUUUUAAAAUCCACCGCAAGCCAUUAUUAUCAUAAUAUUCACAAAAUAUGCCAUUGGAAGUAUUCAAAAACUGUCCCUUAUACAAAACAAAAAACAUCAAGCAGUUAUCAAAAUUGGCUUUGGCGUCUGUUUUUUUCCUGAUGUUGUAGUCUAAUGGUGGUACCAUUUGUCUCCCAUGGCCUGUUGGCGUGACCUGAACUCAUGGGGAAGGUGUCUGGUAGUCGCUAGAAAGCCUGCUGCUGGCUAGACUUGCAGCCCUUUUAGCCAAGUGUAGUGAUUAUUCUAGUGAAAAAGGGGUUAUUAGCGUGUAUUUUAAUUGUGCAGACUUUGCACCCUGUGAAAAAUUAAUUAAUAAGCAGGUUUUAGUUUCAUUGCAUUCAUACUUUUUGCUGUACAUACGGUAUAUAUAUACAAUUUAUAAAGUAAUUAUUAA